ACCUGUUGAUACUUUCGAGUUAAAGGCCAAAAUGGCGACCAAAACUUCAAAAGUUGGUCGUCUUCUACAAAAACAUAAGACAGCAUUCAAUACAGACGUUGACAUAAAUCGUAUUGUGGCAAAACUUUCACAGAGAGGGGCUCUUAAUAAAAAGGAAGAGGAAGUGAUAUUUGAAUGUAGCGAUCAAAAACAGAAAGGAGAGCUUUUUAUGGAUAUUUUAUCCGAAAAGGGUUCAAGAACUUUUCACGAAUUUUGUGCUGUUUUAGAAGAGUGUGCACCACAUUUGUUGACAAGAUUCUUGUUAGAUGCUAGUCCAGAUUCAGAUGAAAAGAAGCCAACACAAGCCUUACAGCUUGGUUUUGAGCUGGCUUUAAAGGAGCGUGAUGCAGUUUUACGGGAAAAUGCCAAGGCAAUAGAAGAAAGAGAUCAGGCUAUGAGGAGAGCACAGCAGUUACAAAGUGAACGGGAUAAAGCACUUGCAAGCCUAGAAAACUUGGCAUCAAAACGAAACACACCACAGAUAGAGCGGCGUUCAGUGUCCCCUACAAGACGGAACAAAGAGAAGUUGAAGGCUAUGGACAGCGACCUUGAAACUGAAAUUGAAGAGAGUUCCGACAAUGUUGUAUGGGAGACACACAAAGUUGCACUUACCAGGGUGCCAGGGUUUGGAUUUGGUAUAGCAGUGAGUGGUGGCAGAGACAACCCACAUUUUGCCAAUGGUGAUCCUUCUAUAGCAAUCUCUGAUGUACUCAAAGCUGGACCUGCAGAAGGAAAGUUACAAAUUAAUGACAGGGUACUAAGUGUAAAUGGGAUCUCGCUUGAAAAUGUUGACCAUGCCACAGCAAUAUCAGUACUCAAGGACAGUGGAAGCACAGUCAAUCUGGUGAUCAGAAGAAGAAUAGUGUUACCAGCAUCAUUGGAAAAUGAAACACCCCCAUUGAAAGUGUCAUUGACUAAGAGAAAUAGGAAAGAUGGUAUGAUACUUUAAUGUGAGUAUUUUGAACAAACUGUGUUACCGUGUUGCAUUUAUUGCAGUGUUGGUACUGUUUGUGUUGACAUGUUUCAGAUAAACAACUCUCCAAUAGAAAGUCUGUCUUUGGUGGAUGCAAGAAAACUGUUGGAGAAAUCAAAAGAAAAAAUACAGCUUAUUAUAACAAAGAAAAGGAAUGAUGAUAAAAGAAAAGAUGAUGAAUACUCACUUGGUUAUGGAACUAUGCAAAGUACUCUUCCUAAACACACAGACAGUGUCAAUCUGUACCAACCACAUUCCAACCCUGAACAGGACCACUAUAAGGCUCAGUUCUCACCACAGGAUAUACCAGCAGGGGCGUACCCACCCAACAGUCCUCAUUCACGAUAUGAUGGUAGAUAUAUCUAUGACCAUGAGGCAGUCCCGCCCAGACCACCAUUGCCAACUGGCAUGGAAGACAGUACUGGCAUGCGGUCUAAGAGUCCUGUAAAGGAUGGUUACUAUAGUGACAGAGAGGAUCUGAGGAGACGAAAAUCUCAUGGUAACUAUGCGACAGUACACGAUGAUGCUGACAUGGGCAUUCUACGCAGACAUCAUGAAGAGAGAUAUGUAGGAAAAAGGAAGGAUAUACGACCUGAGCCUAGGGCUUGUACAUUUCGAAAGGAUCGAGACCUAGGCCUAGGCCUGAGACUGGCAGGUGGCAACUUAACAGGAAUAUUUAUAGCAUCAGUUCAGCCUGGUAGUGGGGCUGAAGCUCAGGGUCUUACAGAAGGGGACCAUAUUUUAAAGGCAAAUGAGCGAGAUAUUGUUGGUUUGACACGAGAGGAAGCUGUAACUUACUUAACAAGUUUAGAGGGUACUGUAACAUUGGUUGUGCAAUACAAAAAAGAAGAUUUCGAUCGCAUAAUGACGAGUCACGAAGCUGGAGACUCGUUCUAUAUCCGAACCCAUUUUAAUCACGAGCAGCGUGAGCCUGGGGAACUAUCUUUUGUACAAGGAGACAUUUUCCAUGUGAAAGAUACAUUGUUUCGAGGAGUUGUUGGGUCCUGGCUUGCUGUAAGAAUGGGAAGAAAUAACCAGGAAACUCAGAAAGGAAUUAUUCCUAACAAAAAUAGAGCUGAGCAGCUUGCCAUCUCAAGUCAGAGUACGUCGGAGGAAGACAAAGAAAAUUCUCCAUCAAAAGGACGAGGACUGUUAUUUAAGAGGAAGGCAGCAAGAAGGUCAAAAUCUCUCAGUAAAGACCAUUGGGAGGAUAUGAUCUUCUCACAUCUACAGACAAAGUUUCCAGCGUAUGAAAGGGUGGCAUUGAAAGAUCCUGGUUUUGUGCGUCCUGUUGUCCUUUUUGGUCCCCUUGCAGAUGUUGCUAGGGAGAGGAUUAUCAAAGACUUCCCAGAAAAGUUCCAGUCUCCACAGAGUGAGAGUCAUCAGAGUGAAGAGAGGAAAGCAAGAUCUGGUAUUAUACGACUUGGUGCAAUUAAAGACAUUAUAAGUCGGAGAAAGCACUGUCUGUUAGAUGUAACACCACACAAUGUAGACAGGUUAAACUUUGCCCAGUUUUAUCCUAUUGUGGUGUUCCUGAAGGCUGACUGUAAAACCACUGUGAAGGAACUUCGAGCUAAAUGGGCCAAAGGUUCCAGUAAACAGCCAAAGAAACUGUAUGAACAGAGUCUCAAACUGGAAAAGUUCUACCACCAUUUAUUUACUGCAACUGUGACCCACAACAGCGCGGAGAGCUGGUAUAAGAAACUGCUCGACAUGGCAGACCUUCAGCAACAGCAGCAGAUCUGGAUGUCAGAGAAAAAGCCUGAUGAAGACAUCAGUGAUGAUUACCUGUUCCCGAUGUCCAAUCGUCUCAGUUUCUCAGGGGCACAAGAGAGCGACACAGACCUUGCACGAGCUCUUGAUGACAUGGAUGGGUCACCAACACAUAAAAAGCGUUUUCUAGUCAGAUCAUCAUCAGAUCCAAGUGUUAACACAACAGAUCGAAUACCAGGGAUUCCACCAUAUCCAGAUCCUCCGAGAUAUCACAGGUCACCUAAGUUGUCAUAUGAUGGCCACCAGAAUUACCAGGAUGUUACAUAUGAUGACUCGUAUACUCAGAGAUCAGAAGAUAGAUAUUAUCCUUCAUACUAUGCAGAUAAUUAUGAUCAUCGCAUCAACCGUACAAAUAUAGAUCCUUACGCUACCAUCUCGCCAGUAGAAAGGUUGCGUGGGCGUUUACCUUCAGAUUCACAAUGGAAUGAUGGGUUUGAUGAUAGACAGAAUCAACAAGUACCAGACCCACUGUAUUCUCGUCCAUUCCCACGACAACAUCAGUCACCACAUCAGUCAGCAUCACCUCAAGAGCCAAGCUCUCCAUCGAACCAACCCCCACCUCCUCAACAACACCUGCCAGAGCAAAGGCAACCAUACAACGACAAUUCCUCAUAUUCCAGUGACUCAUUUACAAAAUACACAUCAAAUCCUGCCAAUAAACACGAUGAUUCCAAAUUACGGGAGAAGUUUGCCAAUGUAGGAGGUGGUCGACAAAUGGGGAGAAGCAAUGAUCCGUACAGAUUCACCCGCAGUACAGCCAAUAAAGUGAGCACUAGCAAUAUAGAUAAAUCAAAGCUUUCAGAUCUCUCUGCUAAAUUCAGAAGUGACGAACGCUUCAAAAUAAGCAGUAGUAGUUUAAACAGUGCCAAGUCUCCACCUACUGGAAGCCCGGGAGGUGCGCAAAGCCCUGGGCUUGAACCAGCACAGCAGGGAUCUGGUGAUGGAAGAUCAGGGAAUCAACGGAAGCAGCCACCGCCUGUACCUGUAAAAACAUACCAUUUGAAGGAUCGGGGAAUUGAACCAGAUGACCAGAAAAUCCGCAAUUAUGAAAACACAACAAAUCUCAGGGGUUAUGAAUAUCGCGAAGGAAAUCCCUACUCACAGCUGCCACAUCGUGGGGAUGGACACCAUAAACACAGAGGCAUUCCAAAUGAUUCUGAUCGUUUCCCUGAUCAUCCUGUUUCCCCAUCUGAACAUUAUAAAACAGAGGACCCUUAUGAAUGGGUUGCACCACGGAGACAGAGCGGGCACCAGCGGGCUACAAAUAGAAAUUCUGAUUAUCGAGAUGAAGUGCCGCAAUCACAUAAUCAAAAUGGACGUUCAUUUAAUAAUCAGAUGUAUAUGGACUAUUCAGAAUUAAUGAAAAUGAGGCAAGAAAGGGACAGAGAGAGGGGUCAGCAAGGAUAUGGAAGCCCUGCUGAAAGGCCAAGAACUGAUGAUGAACUGGAACGAUUGAAGAAAUCACAUCGGACCUUUUCCAAAUCAACUGGAAAUGUUGAUAAAAACACAAAUGACGGUUCAGAUAGACCAGGGCGUGAGAAAUUCUCCGCAUAUAAAAAGCUGAUAACUCCUGGUUUUUUUGGCUCAACAAAACAUGCGUCCAAAUCUCAAGAUGAGCUUCGAGAUGAGAGAGAUUUAAACAUCAACCAUGCUAGAGGUGGAUCUGGGUCCUCAGACCAGCAUACAUCACAGACAGGCAGUGCCUUUGAAGCCUACAACAAACCCAUGUCUACAUUUGGCAAAGCAGAACUUAGUGCACCAAAAUCUACUGUCAACCAAACUCAUUCCUUUCCAAGAGAUGGUAGUUUAUCUGAGUUGGCCCCUGUUGAAGAAAAGCCUGAAAAAGAUUCCAUUGGUGAUGGAAAUGAGUGUAAGCAAUGGAACGUGACAUCUCCUAGCCAACCAGAAGAAUCUUUUGAGAAAGAAGGCCAAUCAAAUUGUGACAGUGAUAGGUCACAAGAUGUAGAGAGCCAAUCAGAUACUGGCAGUGUAUCUACACCAGAUACAAUUAUAUUUAGGGGGUUUGAUCCUACGCAAGAUGUGGAUGAGAACCACACAGUGGUAGCCACUGCACGGGGUGUGUUCACAAGUAAAGGUGGGGUCCUAGAAUCUCCAGAGACUGGGGUCAGCAUUGUCAUUCCUGAGGGGGCUAUAGAUGAAAAUAUUGACCAGGAGAUUUACUUCAAGGUGUGUAGGGAUAACACAAUACUGCCUCCACUAGACAGGGAAAAAGGUGAAACGUUACUGUCUCCACUGGUUAUGUGUGGACCCCAUGGAUUGAAGUUUCACCAACCUGUUGAACUGCGACUACCACACUGUGCAUCAGUUAAUCCAGAUAGCUGGUCAUUUGCUCUGAAGUCGAGUGAUUCUCCUACAGGUCACCCAACACAGUGGCAAAAUAUGACACUAGCAGAGAAAGAAGGUAGAGCAGCUGCUCAGAGUCGUGUUGGGAAAAACAGUGUCUCUGUUCUUGUUGACCAUUUCUAAAUGUUGUGUUACAGACAAUUCAUUUGGAAUGUUAUGACGAUAUCAGGUUUAAGUAUUAUGUACUUUGAAGAGUGAAUAAAAACAUUUACUGAUAUACUUGGUACAAGUACCAAGACAGUGACAGUGAAGUAACAAGCCAGUGAUUUAGGUUACGUAGAUGUAUGCAGAAUACAGUAAACAUGUAUUUGAUAUAUUGGUGCAAGAACAUGUCAAGAUCAUGCAACAACAGAUGUGUGUAUACUAGUCAUAUAUAUCAAGUUGGAUUUAGGCCAAAGUAUAUAGCACUUUCCUGAUUGGUGUAGAAAUAUGACAGUUCCAGUAUAUAGUCAUUUUCUAAUUGGUGUAUUAAGUUUGGGCCUAAAGUAUACAGCAGUUUUGUGUAGAUAUAAUUAUGACAGUUGCAUGAUUACAGUAAAUUAGUACUUUUAUGGUCAUUCAUGCAAAUGCAUUAGAUCCUGAUAUACUGUGGAAAUACCACUAAUUCAGCUAUUUAAUGACCUAAAAGUGUAUUUUAUGGCGCCAACAAAAAUGUGAGUAGUUGCCGACACUAAGUAAUUUGUUGUGGGAAAUUGAGAUUACUUUUUAUUUCAUUGACUUGUAUUAAAACAUUAUCAUUUAAAUUUGUUUUCACAGCAUCUUUGUAAUAAAUCAAUCUGGUGUAUUGUCUUGGCCCGCAGCAUUUGGCCAAUAUGACAGGACAAUUACAAAAACACUUAAUUUUUUAAUCACCAAACUAGUGAAACUGGAGCACUGGUUAAGUUAACUGCCUGCAGGUACAUGACUGAAAUACUGUUGAAUAAAACCCUAAAAAAAAAUGCUUGCUAAAAAUAAAUUUGACUGUAUACAGCUGUUUCAAGCUUAUAUAUACUAGUUCUGUGAAAAAAAAAAAAACAAGAAAAAACAUAACAAAUUUCCUUACUUAACUUAUUAGUGAAUCUCUACCAACUCAUUCAUUUCAGACUUUAUUUUGCCAGUGUUGAAUAUGGGAUAUAUUAGAAGUAUCAGAAUAUGGAAACUGUUGAUAAGUCACUUUGUCCCUUUCUUCAGUAGAUGUAAUAUUCUGUAUGUAAUAUAGAACAUGUGUUAGAUCUUCACCAAACUUCAUGAACCUCAAUAAGUUUGUCUGAAUGAUUCUGCUCUAUAGGCCCCAAAGUUGAAAAUAGAAAACUAUAUAAUGACUUUUCGACCUGAAUUCACCAAAUUUGGUCAAUUAAUGCUUGAUGAAGUUUUUACAAUGUUGUGCAAAUGGUUCUGCUGUUUGAUUGAGGCCCUGCCAGAGCUGCCAAGACAUCCCCAUUUCUAAGGUCAGAUACUGCAUAUCCAGUCACUCUUUUAUUUUAAAUCAUAUUGUACAGAAAGAAAUAUGCGUGUUCUGUUAUUCACCUGUAUUAAUUUGCUGUAACCAUGGGGAUAUUGUUGAAAAUGCCAGUUAUGCAUUACAUAUAUUAUUUUUGUAACUUCAGAUAUUUGCAGACUUAGUGUAUUUUUGUUUCCAUUGUGCUUUAAAGGAAUUCAUUAAUUAUUGAACAUUCCAGGAUUUGAACAGUAUUAUUUUUACCUCUACUUGAUCAAGGGUUCAGGAUGAGCUGUUAGUACAACUGAAGGGUCCAGCCUCUGUUGUCAAUCUUUACUUAAACACGUUCUCUGAAACUACUGGUCAGAAUUUCACCAAACUUGAUCUGUAGCAUCCAAAGCUAGAAAUAGAGGUUCUCUUGGGCCACUUGAUGAAUCUUUUCCAAACUUUGUCCGAGUUUGUCCAAAAGUGCAGCUUUACCACACUCAGGGGGUCACCUUAUCUGAAAUGGAAAUUGCCAUAACAUCCCCUCUUAAACCCUGAACUGACUUGGAAAUCUCUGUGUUCAGAUUGCUCUGAUUUAUCAACAAAAAAACAUGGCCACCAGGUGAUAUGGUUAUUUUCCCAUAUCUAUAUAUAUAUAGUGGAACCUUUGUUUGAUUUUGAUAUGAUUGCAAUAAUUGCACACAAAACUUUCUUUGGUAACCAGCUACAUAGUUUGUUUGGAUCAUUUGGAUUUAUCAUUAAACAUGGCUGCAAGGUUGAAAAUAGAAAAAAGAUUGUGGUCCAAUUUUGAAAUAAUUCCACAGAAAUAUUCCUUAGUCAACCGUUUACCUAGAGUUUUCAUAUUGUUAUGUCAGAAACAUAAUUAUCUACAAGAGUUUUUUUAAUGGAAAAAUUUUUUUCAAACAACAUUUAAGAAAUGAUGUCAGCUUUAAGAUAAUUUCACUAAAAUGUUCAUUAGGUGACCCUCUAUAAUGAGAAUUUUGGAAUAAUUCUGAAUCAUCAAAAAAGAUGGCCAUCAAAAAAAAAAAGACAGUUUUUGACCUGCUAGUCCAUUUAUAUUUAUUAUUCAUACUUCAGCAGUGACAGUUUCUUCAAGAGAUUGGGACCAGAUGUAGAUGAUAAUAUUUCACAUUGAAUCUGCUUGUUUUAUAGCAAUUUUUUCAGUAAAACUGAACAAUAUAGUCUUGCAGUGUUAUAACAUUUUGUCAUAGUGUUGUUUUGUUUGUUUUCAUUUUCACUUUGUAAGAAUUUUAUCAAUUUUAGAACAAUAUGACCUGAUCUCAGAUUUAAUCAUGAACCUUUAGAGUUUAGACAGAUCAUGUCAUCACUGUGUAUCCAGUAGUUGUUUUUGUUGUCAAACUAUAAUACCUUGUCCUGGGUUUUCACAAUAUUUAUAAGCAAACAUAAUACCAUAAAAUAUUCACUUUCACUAAUAUAGGUGUUAAAACCUGGCAUUCCAUAUAUGUCUUUGUUAUAUAUGAUAUCUGUUUGCAUCAUAAGAAGUAAUUAUUUUACUUAAAUAAUAGAAUAUGUAUGCAAAGUAGGCUUAAAUGUUAUAAAAUGGCUUAUGUCUUUAAUUUUAAUGUCAUGUAUGACUGAAAGGUUUAAAGUGGAGUUACAGGUCUGCCUUCAAGAGAAACCAUUACAAGAAAACUGCUGAUUUUUUUUAUGUUGUAUAAUCAGUCUUGUAGCUGCCUUCUACAGUACUUAAGUUACAAGCUUGUGUGCCUAAUUGUGUAGCUGCCUUCUACAGUACUUCAGCUACAAGCUUGUGUGCCUAAUUGUGUAGCUGCCUUCUACAGUACGUGUGCUACAAGCUUGUGUGCCUAAUUGUGUAGCUGCCUUCUACAGUACUUGAGCUACAAGCUUGUGUGCCUAAUUGUGUAGCUGCCUUCUACAGUACUUGAGCUACAAGCUUGUGUGCCUAAUUGUGUAGCUGCCUUCUACAGUACUUGUGCUUCAAGCUUGUGUGCCUAAUUGUGUAGCUGCCUUCUACAGUACUUGAGCUACAAGCUUGCGUGCCUAAUUGUGUAGCUGCCUUCUACAGUACUUGAGCUACAAGCUUGCGUGCCUAAUUGUGUAGCUGCCUUCUACAGUACUUGAGCUACAAGCUUGCGUGCCUAAUUGUGUAGCUGCCUUCUACAGUACUUGAGCUACAAGCUUGCGUGCCUAAUUGUGUAGCUGCCUUCUACAGUACUUGUGCUACAAGCUUGCGUGCCUAAUUGUGUAGCUGCCUUCUACAGUACUUGUGCUACAAUCUUGCGUGCCUAAUUGUGUAGCUGCCUUCUACAGUACUUCAGCUACAAGCUUGUGUGCCUAAUUUUUGUCAGUGAAAGCUCGCUGAUUGUUCUCCAAGUUUAGUCCCAAGCAUCUGAACAUAGGGUGUCUUCAUGGCCCUCUUGUUUAACUUAACUAAAAUAUUUUGGUAAAGUUUUUAUAUGUAAGCUUGUAUUAUGUAGAAGAGAUUCAAGUAUAAGACUAGGUUCUAGUGGGCUCUUGUUUGUCAGUAUCUUUUGUUUUUAGCUCACUUGUGUUUAGGUAUUGUGAUUCCUCUAUGUCGGUUGUCCAUCAUGAUUGUUGGAGUAAUCUUCAUGAUAUUUAUACCACGAGACCUGUAGUCCUACACAAAGAUAAAAGAUGUCUGCUCAGUUUUCUUUGUCAUGCUUGGAUAGAUGUUCAAAAUACUUUAAAGGUCAAGGUAACCCUUAGCAAUCAAAGAUUUUAUGUCCACUAAAUAUGAAUGGAUGGAUAUUCAUAUGACUUGCCACAAACAUAACUAGACGAUAUGCCAUGCGUAAGACUUAGACCCGUAGCUCAAGGUCCAGCUUUUCAUCAAGGGAUAAGAGCAAAAAUAACUGAGGUGAGCAAUAUAGAAAUGAAAUCAUAUUGAUAGCUAUACACUGCAUGAGUAAUAACAGCUAACAAUAUCAGGAGUCGUGCUGGAAUAGACUGUCCAAAGAGGGGACAUAUUUUCGCUUAUAGCAUUAUCUUUAGUUUUUGAGUAUACUCCAGGCCUCAUCAUUAUAUGGCAAUUAUCUCAUCACAAGUAUUCCAGUGUUUUGUUAUUCAUUUAUCAUUAUGAUACAUUAAACCUGCUCCAGUAUACUGGUUUAUAGCACACAUUUACAAAACUUAUGUACUAUUAGUACUUAAGUAUUUUCAUAUGUUUGUAUGUUAAUUCAACUAAAAACUCACAAACCUUUUUUU